UAUCUCUUCCCUCUUGCGUCUCCCUCCCUCCCACACUAACUUGUUUUAAAAGCAAAAACUCUCCCUCCUGUUGGAAGUCUGCUGCGCUAAAAAAAACAUGAUCAGUUUCUUCUCUAAUUCCUCAACCUCUAUUUUGUCCCCUCUUUACUCCCUCUAGAUUGAUAGUCUGCAGCUGGAAUGGAUUGGGAGCUGGAAAAGAAAAGUCAGGGACAAGAAGAGGCUAACAUGACUGGUACCGUUAUAAUUUAGUGAACCGCCCCUUUUCUAAAGAGGAGCCCAAAGGAAGACUGGUCAUCUCUUGCAGAUCUCAAAACCAUGGCUCAGGGAUCAGUGUCAUUCAAAGAUGUGACUGUGGACUUUAGUCAGGAGGAGUGGCAGCACCUGGAUCCUGCUCAGAAGAUGCUAUACAUGGAUGUGAUGUUGGAAAACUAUUGCCACCUCGUUUCUGUGGGGUGUCACAUGACCAAGCCUGACGUGAUCCUCAAGUUGGAACGAGGAGAAGAGCCAUGGACAUCAUUUACAGGUCAUACCUGUUUAGAAGAAAAGUGGAAAGCUGAAGACUUUUUAGUGAAAUUCAAGGAACAACAAGAUAAAUUUUCUAGAUCAGUUGUAUUAAUCAACCACAAUAAACUGAUUAAGGAGAACAGUAGUGCAUAUGAAAAGACAUUUACUUUAAGCAAAAACCCUAUUAAUUCAAAAAACCUACCUCCUGAAUAUGACACUCAUGGAAAGAUUUUAAAAAAUGUUUCAGAAUUAAUCAUCAGUAAUCUAAGUCCUACAAGAAAGAGACUUAGUGAGCAUAAUAGAUAUGGGAAAUCACUCCUCAAUACUAAGCCAGAGACAGCUCACUCUGGAGGCAAAUCCCAUAAUCAGUGUGGUAGGACUUUCAGUCAUAAUGAAAUGAUUAUGCAAUAUCAUGAGAUAGAAACUUCAGCACAGUCAUUUGGAUAUAAUGACUGUGAGAAAUCCUUCCUUAAAAAAGGAGGCCUAAUUACACAUAAUAGAGCUUACAGAAGGGAAAAACCAUCUGAAUAUAAUAAAAGGAGAACAACCAAUAUUGAAAAAAAGCAUAUAUGCACUGAAUGUGGGAAGUCCUUCUGCAGGAAAUCAGUAUUGAUUCUGCAUCAGGGAAUUCACACAGAGGAAAAACCCUACCAAUGUCAUCAAUGUGGAAAUUCAUUUAGAAGGAAAUCAUAUCUCAUUGAUCAUCAGAGAACUCACACUGGAGAGAAACCCUUUGUUUGUAAUGAAUGUGGUAAGUCCUUCCGCCUAAAGACAGCCCUCACUGAUCAUCAGAGAACACAUACAGGGGAGAAAUCAUAUGAAUGUCCACAAUGUAGGAAUGCCUUCAGAUUGAAGUCACACCUCAUUCGUCAUCAGAGAACUCACACAGGAGAGAAACCAUAUGAGUGUAAUGACUGUGGGAAGUCUUUCCGCCAGAAGACAACACUCUCCCUACAUCAGAGAAUUCAUACAGGAGAGAAACCCUAUAUUUGUAAAGAAUGUGGGAAGUCCUUUCACCAGAAGGCAAAUCUUACUGUACAUCAGAGAACUCAUACAGGGGAAAAGCCCUAUAUUUGUAAUGAAUGUGGGAAAUCCUUCUCUCAGAAGACAACCCUCGCUCUUCAUGAGAAGACUCAUAAUGAAGAGAAACCUUAUAUUUGUAAUGAGUGUGGAAAAUCCUUCCGCCAGAAGACAACCCUUGUGGCACAUCAGAGAACACAUACAGGGGAAAAAUCCUAUGAAUGUCCUCACUGUGGGAAGGCUUUUAGAAUGAAGUCAUACCUCAUUGAUCAUCACAGAACUCACACAGGAGAGAAACCAUAUGAAUGUAAUGAAUGUGGGAAAUCCUUCAGUCAGAAGACAAAUCUCAAUCUACAUCAGAGAAUUCAUACAGGAGAGAAACCCUAUAUUUGUAAUGAGUGUGGGAAGUCUUUUCGCCAGAAAGCAACCCUCACUGUACAUCAGAAAAUACAUACAGGGCAGAAAUCCUAUGAAUGCCCUCAGUGUGGGAAAGCCUUUAGCAGGAAGUCAUAUCUCAUUCAUCAUCAAAGAACUCAUACAGGAGAGAAACCAUACAAGUGUAAUGAAUGUGGGAAGUGCUUCCGCCAGAAGACAAACCUCAUUGUACAUCAGAGAACUCAUACAGGGGAGAAGCCUUAUAUUUGUAAUGAGUGUGGUAAGUCCUUCAGUUAUAAGAGAAACCUUAUUGUCCAUCAAAGAACUCACAAGGGAGAAAACAUGGUAAUGCAGUAAUAAAUGAUGUGAUUUCUUUGUGAAGCCUUUCUAAGUUAUUGUAAAACUUUAGUUUUUUAAAAAAGCAUGCUUAACAUGUGAAUACGGUAAUUUUAAUCACAAAUGUAAUAAUAAUUAUUAACUUAAUAUACUAUACCACAUAACUAUUUAUCUACUGUUUACUAGCAUAUGAAAUGGAUAUGAUCAUUGAUAUUGAACUCUUAUCAGCAAUGAAGCUAAUUUUUUACGUUUUCAAGUUCUCCUGCUGACUCAGUUUAUUUUUUUUAAUUCUUAUAUAAUACAUGCAGAAGCAAGAUACAAAGUGGUUUUAAGUAUCAGUCUCCAUAAGAGGAAGAAAUUAUGAAGUAUAUUUCUCAUUGCACUCUGCGGAAUAAAAGUUAGUUGUUACUUCCCCAAAGAUUACCACUUCCCUGGCUUUUAACAUGAAAUAGUUUUUGCAUGUCUUUCAACUUUAUAUUUUAUUAUACAUUACAAAUUUUUUGUCUUGUUUCACUCAACAUUUUAAAGAUUCAUACAUUAUUGCAUGUGGCAGUAGUGUAUUCAUUUUCAUUCUAUAUACUCUUCCAUUUUAAGAAUAUACUGCUAUUUAUCUAUCCUCUUGAUGGAUAUUUGUAUUUUUUAUAAUUUUGUGUUGUAAUAAAAAUACUACUAUAAAUAUUCUUGUA